UUUUCAUUGGCUAUUUAACUCUGUUUGGUCAUUCAUACUUUUAGUACAAGUGAAAACAGUUGACUAGCAUGUUUUUCAAUAUCUGCAUCAUAUGACUUAUUUAUGUCUCAUCUAAUUAAUUAAUCAUUCCUCUAUUUUUUUAUCAAAAUUGUCAAAUUUAUAUUGUUCCCAAGCUGCAAUUAAUUAGUAAAGUGAUGAGUAUGGACGAUACACCUAUUUCAGGCCAAUUUACUUUCAGCGCAUUCUAAGGUUAAUCAUUUUAUAUUGUGCCAAUCAAUCAAAGAACAAAUGUACCAUUACAAUAUACUAUUUUUGUGAAUGAAAAUCAUCCACUAAUUUAGCUGCUAUAUCUUGUUUACUAGCCAAGGAGACUCAACAUUGGCUCAGCCUAUCUCAUCUGAAGUCAUCAUUUCUAACAUUUCAUUCUGACUCUGAAGCUUAUAAUCUAUAAAUUAAACUCAUGCAAAGGUGUCCCGGCAUUUAUUGUGGUCGAAUAAUAUUUGACAAUGAUACAGUAUCAGAUUGUAUGUCAUGUCCUAGUGGGACUAGAUCAUCAACAUCUUAUCCUGGGUACUCACAGGUGGAAGGAAAAAUUCAAUCGUUAUGUAUACCGUGUUCACUGAGUUUUGCCUCCAAUGAUUGGUUCUAUCUUGGUUUCAUGGCCCUUGUUUUGUUAGUUAUGGAAUGGUACAUCAUUGAUCAUUCAAUCAGACGUCGUACUCUUCCCUUCGAGGUUUUAAUUAUUCAUUUAAGUGCUCUUUUUGAAAUCAGUCUUGCUGCUUUGUUGACUUUACUCGCAUUUUCAACACCCAUUGGUUCAUUCAAUUUAAAAAGUUGUGGAGCUUAUCGUAUAUCUGAUUGGUAUACGCUAUUUUUCAAUCCAAGUGUCAACUUCAAAGAUACUAUUCGCUGUGCCCAAGAAGCUGUAUAUCCACUCUAUUCGAUGAUUUUUCUCUUUUAUUUCUUAUGUUUGGUCCAUUUAAUUACAAUAAGGCCCUGGGUGAUACGCUGGGUAUCUGAUUCAAAAGCACCAAACACUAUUUAUUUAACUUUGUAUGUUAUACCUGCCCUGACAAUUUCUCAUGCUCUCUUCUCUGGUCUAAUAUACUAUUCGUUUCCAUUUCUUACUCUUGUCAGCUCAACGAUCUCUAUAGCUGCUCAUUUUGCAUAUCGUUUAGACCAAAGUAUGUCAGCUUUAUUUUUCAAAUCAUUCGAAAGUAUCAGAAGUGUCAUCAUAUUAUUUGGCCAUUGGUUAUUACAUGCUUAUGGAAUAAUUGCGCUUACAAAAUUUAAAAAUCCAGUUGUAACAACAUCCCUCUUACUUCUUGUACCUUUCCCAUCAGUCUUUUAUAUCUUAACAUCAAAAUUUAGUGACCCUAGUAAACUUCAUAUUAAUUAAGUAAUUUAAUAUGUAACAUUUCCAUUCAAUUAAAUUGAAGCCAUUUCAGAGAAAUCUGCUUAAAUAUUGAAA